AUGCGGUCCAUCCACAUCGCGGCGGCCCUCCUCGCCAGCACCGCAACCGCCCUCCCCCAAAACGAAUGCUUCAAACUCCACAGCCAACAACUCGCCGAGUACACCGACUGCGGCGACCGCCAAAUCGUCAGCCAGUGCCUCUCCUCGCUCUCUACCUUUGAGCAGUCCGACCUGGAGUCAUGCUACACCACCGCCGGCUGCUCUGCCGCCCAAGCCGCCACCGACGUCAAAUACAUCUCCGACCGCUGCGCAGAGUACCUCCGCGCGGGUGAGCUGCGAAAGCGAUUCCGCGCCGCCAUGGUCGCUGCCACGACUACCGUCGAGGGCGUUCCCCUGAUGGCCAGGGCGACUACCACGGCUGCGCCCACGAAAAAGGGCAAAGACUGCUUCGACGUCAAGGAAUUCGACACCACGUCCUGCGACGUGGUCACCGAGAACGGCAAGACCAAGACAAACACCUGUACGCCUUCAAAGGGCACCUCUAGCGACUGUCUCUCCGGCUGGAUCUGCACCGUCGACGGCGGCCACCAGGAUAUAUGUAUGAAGGAGCAGUCCAUCGACACGGGCGGCAUCAUCAUCGCCAUCGUGUUUGCCGCAUUCAUCGUCAUUGGUCUCGCGUAUCUGACAUUUGCGUGCUGCCGCGAACGCAGCCACCACAAGAAAGUGGCCGCCAAGGCCGAAGCCGUUGCGCUCGCCCGCGCAGCUACGAAGAAGCAGCGUGCGCAGGAGGCGCGUGCGCCGUUGAUGCAGCAGACACAGGAUGCCAGUGGUCCCAAUCCCUUCCAGGACCAGCCCGGCCAUGCGUAA